CCUGUGGCAGGCGGUCGGCUCAAAAUGAAUCUCAACUUCACCUCCCCUCUACACCCAGCGUCUUCUCAGAGGCCCACGUCCUUCUUCAUCGAGGACAUCCUGCUGCACAAGCCCAAGCCUCUGAGGGAGGUGGCCCCCGACCAUUUCGCCACUACGCUGGCCUCCCGGGUGCCUCUGCUAGACUAUGGCUACCCCCUCAUGCCCACACCCACCCUCCUGGCUCCUCACCCCCAUCACCCUCUACACAAAGGGGACCACCACCACCCUUAUUUCCUCACCACCUCGGGAGUGCCGGUCCCGGCGCUGUUCCCGCACCCUCAGCACGCGGAGCUGCCGGGGAAGCACUGCCGCCGCCGCAAAGCUCGCACGGUUUUCUCCGACUCGCAGCUCUCCGGCCUGGAGAAGAGGUUCGAGAUCCAGCGCUACCUGUCCACACCAGAGCGGGUGGAAUUGGCCACGGCCCUCAGCCUGUCCGAGACGCAGGUGAAAACGUGGUUCCAGAAUCGGCGGAUGAAGCAUAAAAAGCAGCUGAGGAAAAGUCAAGACGAGCCCAAAGCGCCGGACCGGCCGGAGAGCCCUGAGAGCAGCCCCCGCGGCCCAGAGGCCGCCUCCGCGGAGGCUCGGCCCGGCCUGCCCGCCGGCCCCUUCAUGCUGACCGAGCCGGAGGACGAGGUGGACAUUGGGGACGAGGGGGAGCUCGGCUCAGGGCCGCAAGUGCUCUGA